AUGGCUACGCCAUUCCUUAUCUCCUACCCCUCUACCCCCACCUCGGGACUUUCACUCAAGCAGAUCGCCUACUUCGGGCGGGUGCUGGUGAAGGUCUCAGGUCUGGCCGAAGCAGAGAAGUUCUUGCGUGAAAACUUCCGUCACCUCGACAUCUACGUGGACGCCACUGCCAUCUCCUCCGCCGGUGAUCUUGUCGAUAUUCUUAACGCCGGUGCCGCCAAGAUCUUCAUCACCCUCGACCAAUUGACCGCACUCUCCCAGGAACAAUCUGUUCCAUCAUCACGACUGGUGGUCUAUGCCCUCUCCAACGAUCAGUUAGACACUUUCCAACAGUGGAUCUCUGCCAAUGCCUCCGAGCGUAACGAUGCCAGCGUCUGUACCGAGUCUGCCGCCGCCACCACCGCCGCCACCAAAUUGAACAUCAGCUCCGAUUCCCCCCGUCUUUACAUUUCUUACAAGGAUCAAGAGAAGUUCACUGAGGAGUCGGUUACACAGGUCACUCAGCAGGGUGCCAUUGCCAUUAUUCCCUCCCAGGCGUUGACCGUCGAGCGGGAUGCGGCGGGUCAGCUUUCUGCCGCUAAGCUUCUGGCUUCGCGCGCAGUCACAGACCAGUCAAAUGGUUUGUAUGCUACAUCCGUUACUGAUGAGAGAGGUGCUUGCCUUGGAUUUGUCUGGAGUAGUGAUGAGAGUAUCGCGGAGGCUCUGCGCACCGGUACCGGUGUCUACCAGAGUCGCAAGCGUGGGUUGUGGUACAAGGGCCAAUCGAGUGGCGACGUGCAAGAAUUGAUUCGCAUGGGCUACGACUGCGAUGCUGACUGCUUAGUCUUUGUUGUGAAGCAGAUUGGACGAGGCUUCUGCCACCUCGGUACUGAGACUUGCUUUGGCGCUUCCACUGGUCUGUCUCGCCUUCAGAAGACCCUUUUGGAGCGCAAGGCCGAUGCCCCUGUUGGCUCCUACACCGCUCGUCUGUUCAAUGAGCCCAAGCUCGCCGAAGCUAAGAUCAUGGAGGAAGCGGAGGAAUUGUGCCGCGCUGAAACCAAGGAGGAGAUUGCCUUUGAGGCUGCCGAUCUGCUGUACUUUGCCUUGACCAAGUGUACUGCCGCCGGUGUGACCCUUGAAGAUAUUGAGCGCAACUUGGAUCUCAAGAGCUUAAAGGUCAAGCGGAGAAAAGGUGAUGCCAAGGGACCUUGGGCUGAGAAGGCUGGUUUGGUUGCUCCCCAGGCCAAGGCUGCUCCUGCUCCUGCCCCUGCUCCUGUUGCUGCAGCUCCCCCCGCUGAGGACCGCUCUCGCAUCGAAAUGAAGCGUGUCAUCACUGCCGAGGUCUCCGCUGCCGAGGUAAAGGAGUUCCUCAACCGUCCUUCCCAGAAGUCCAAUGACGCCAUUGUUGGCCUAGUAAAGCCCAUCGUGCAGGAUGUUCGUGAGAACGGUGACGCUGGUGUGCUCAAGUACACUCACAAGUUCGAGAAGGCCACCUCUUUGACAUCUCCUGUCAUUCGCGCCCCAUUCGCACCUGAGCUGAUGAAGCUCACUCCCGAUGUCCAAGAGGCCCUUGACAUUUCCAUUGGCAACAUUGAACGUUUCCACUCUGCACAAAAGGGCAGCAAUGAUGCCCUCACCAUGGAGACCAUGCCCGGUGUUGUCUGCUCUCGUUUCUCUCGCCCUAUUGAGCGCGUUGGUCUUUACAUUCCCGGUGGUACCGCUGUUCUUCCCUCGACCGCUAUGAUGCUGGGUGUUCCCGCUAUGGUUGCUGGUUGCCAAAAAAUCGUCUUGGCCUCACCUCCCCGUGCCGAUGGUAGCAUCUCCCCGGAGAUUGUCUACGUUGCUCACAAGGUUGGUGCUGAGAGCAUUGUCUUGGCUGGUGGUGCUCAGGCUGUGGCCGCCAUGGCCUACGGCACUGAGAGCAUCACCAAGGUUGACAAGAUUCUGGGCCCCGGUAACCAAUUCGUGACCGCUGCUAAGAUGCUUGUGUCCAAUGAUACUUCUGCCGGUGUCAGCAUUGAUAUGCCCGCUGGUCCCAGUGAGGUCCUUGUCAUUGCUGACAAGACUGCCAACCCAGCCUUUGUGGCAUCUGACUUGCUUAGCCAGGCUGAGCAUGGUGUCGACUCCCAGGUCAUUCUCAUUGCGGUUGACUUGAACGAGAAGGAGUUGCUUGCUAUUGAGAACGAAGUCGAUGCCCAGGCUCGUGCUCUUCCCCGUAUGGACAUUGUCCGUGGCUCCUUGGAGCACUCCGUUACCUUCGUGGUCAAGGAUAUCGACGAGGCCAUGGCCUUGAGCAACGAUUACGCCCCUGAGCACUUGAUCCUGCAGGUUGAUGGUGCCGAGGAACUUGUUGAGCAGGUCUCAAAUGCCGGUAGUGUCUUCAUUGGGCCUUGGACUCCCGAAAGUGUCGGUGACUACUCCGCCGGUGUCAACCACUCUCUUCCUACCUACGGCUAUGCCAAGCAAUACUCCGGUGUCAACCUCGGAUCCUUCCUUAAGCACAUCACCAGCUCCAACCUGACUGCUGAGGGUCUUCUAUCGCUGGCCAAGACUGUCGAAACUCUCGCGGCUGUUGAGGGAUUAGAUGCCCACAAGCGUGCUGUCAGCAUUCGCGUUGCGCAGAUGAUGAAGAAGAAGAGCUCAUAG